CGUAGAAUCUUCUUUCUCCGCUUUAUACAUAGACACAGGAGGAUAGCAGGGCCCUGCUGGUGUCUUCUUCUAGCAGUAGGAUUGCGGGCCUUUGUCCUAUUUAACUGGUCCUUGUUGGUGAGAAGCAGGUGAACACCCUGCAGUGGGCAGCAGAGCCUGAGGCCAGGGGCUGCAAGCCGAGGCCAGUCUGGAGGCUGCAAAGGGAGGGACACGGGGCUCCGGGGCAGCCUGCCCUCCCCUCCGGGGCCACCAGCUGCCGAGGACAGACACAGCAGGAGUGGGACUCUGAGAAGCCCCAGAGCACGGGACAGCAGGGGACCCCCGUGCAGGUGCGGUUGGGGGGUUCCGUGUUUCAGAGGUUGGACAUCAGGACCCGGGGCCGUUUUCUGGACAGUGUCGUGGCUGUGGCAUGCACAGGGUCGCUGCAGUCAGGCUGUAAUUUCUAUGUAUGGAGAAAAUCUGGGAAGGUCUCGCGCAGAGAAAGAACAGUCUGGGCUGUCUCCUGGAGAAAGCGUUUAUGAAUUGGACAGUGUAUUUAGGUCUGAAGCUGAAACUGACUCCAGGUGAGAGUUUCCUGCUGGCGACAAAGAAGGACUUGGAUGGAGGGAGCGCUUCCUCACCGUGAGUAGGGGACAGGGGACCAGGUGAGGAAGCCUUGGCCGUGCCUCAUCCCAAAUUCCCGGCGUCUGGACGGCAUCAGCCCCCCUGUCCUGUUGCAGUCUGGCCUGGCCGGGUCUGGGCUCCCCUCCUGCCCUGAGGGGACAGGGUCGCUGCCCUGCACACCGAGUCUGGAAUUCCCUGCACACACUUGUGACCCCGUCCAGGAGGAAGAACAGAGACAAAUCCGCUAAGUGGGGAAGACGACAGAGCCCCUUUCAGCAAUGCGGAGAAGUUGGGCUGAAAUGGAAACAUCCUCUGAGCAGCGCGCAGGGAGGGAGCUGGGCUUGAGAGAGAGGCUGCAGGCGGGACCUGCCAGCCUGGCUCCGCGAGGCCACGGCUCCCUUCGCUUCCCCUGUCACUCAGGCCGCAGGGGGCGGGGCCUGGCGCAGCACCCAAUCAGGGGCGCCGGGGCGGGGCCUGCGCGCCGUCCGUUCAAACGCGCCGCGGGAAGGAGGCGGCGACCUCCAGCCUCUGCCCAGUCGCGGGUGCGUCGUCGCGGCCGCCGCGCUCCGGCUGUGCGCGGCGCUGCUCCGGGAGCCGCCGGGUUCCUCCGCCUCGGCUUCUGUCGCCCUGUCAUCCGCCCUGUGACCGGCACUCGUCACAACAGCCGUGGAGAGGACGCCGCGAUCCCUGGGGGCCGGGAAAUGGACUCCGUGACCUUUGAGGAUGUGGCUGUGAACUUCACCCUGGAGGAGUGGGCUUUGCUGGAUCCUUUCCAGAAGAAUCUCUACAGAGAUGUGAUGUGGGAAACCUUGAGGAACCUGGCUGCUAUAGGGAAAAAAUGGAAAGACCAGAACAUUGAAGAUCAGUGUAAAAAUCCCAGGAGAAAACUAAGAAAUCUUAAUGAGGAGAGAGUCUGUGAAAGUAAAGAAGGUAAUCAAUGUGGAGAAACUUUCAACCAGGUUGGAGAUGAUGUAGUGAACAAGAAAACUCCACCUAGAGUAAAACUAUGUGAAAGCAGUAUGUUUGGAAAAGUCUCCAUUGAUCAUUCUUUUAAUGGGCUCAUUAGAGCUGACACUGCACACAAACCAUCUGUGUAUAAGGGAUGUGGACAAAAGCCAUACACACAUAAGCAGCGUGAGAAAGCCUUCAGUUAUCCCCACUCCUUUGGAAUAUAUGAAAGGUCUCCUGCUGGAAAGAAACCCUAUGAGUGUAAAGAAUGUGGCAAAACCUUCAAUUCUCUCACAGGCUUUCGAAAUCACAUGAUAAUGCACAGUGGAGAUGGACCUCAUAAAUGUAUGCUUUGUGGAAGAGCGUUUGCUUUUCUCAGUUUAUAUCGUAAACAUGAAAGAACUCACACUGGAGAGAAACCAUAUAAAUGUAAACAAUGUGGUAAAGCUUUCCGUACCUCUGGUUCUGUACGAGUACAUGAAAUAACUCACACAGGAGAGAAGCCAUAUGAAUGUAAGGAGUGUGGGAAAGCAUUCAUUCAUUUCAGUUCCAUGCUUAUACAUGAAAGGACACACACUGGAGAAAAACCCUAUGAAUGUGAGCAAUGCGGGAAAGCAUUUGCUCAGCGGAGGAGCAUUCAGUGGCACAUGAGAAUGCACAGUGGAGACAGACCUCAUGAAUGUAAGAUAUGUGGGAAAGCCUUUUAUUCUCCCAAGUCAUUUCAAACACAUGAAAGAAGUCACAAUGGAAAGAAACCCUAUGAAUGUAAACAAUGUGGUAAAGCCUUCAGUUCUUCCACUUCUUUGCGAUAUCAUGAAAGAAUUCACACCGGAGAGAAACCCUAUAAAUGUAAGUUCUGUGGUAAGGCUUUCAGGUCUGCCAAGAAUGUUCAAUUACAUGAAAGAACACACACUGGAGAGAAGCCAUAUGAAUGUAAGGAAUGUGGGAAGGCAUUUAAUUUUCCCAGUUCCCUUCAUAUUCAUGAAAGGACUCAUACUGGACAAAAACCCUAUGAAUGUAAGCAAUGUGGGAAAGCAUUUCAUUGUGUCCCUUCCUUUCGUAAACAUGAAAGGACUCACACUGGAGAGAAACCCUAUGAAUGUAAACAAUGUGGUAAGGCCUUUAGUUGUUCCACUUCCUUUAAAUAUCAUGAAAGGACCCACACUGGAGAGAAACCCUAUGAAUGUAAGCACUGUGGUAAAGCCUUCAGGUCUUCCAAGUGGAUUCGAAUACAUGAAAGGACUCACACUGGAGAGAAACCCUAUGAAUGUAAACAAUGUGGUAAAGCCUUCAGGUCUUCCACUUCCUUUCGAAAUCAUGAAAGGACUCACACUGGAGAGAAACCCUAUAAAUGUAAGCAUUGUGAUAAAGCCUUCAUGUCUGCAAAGUGUGUUCGAAUACAUGAAAGGAUUCAUACUGGAGAGAAACCCUAUGAAUGUCAGACAUGUGGGAAAGCCUUUAUUCGUUCUAGUGUCUGUCGGAGACAUGAAAAAACUCAUGCUGUUAAUGUAUAAGAGAAAUCCUAUUACUGUAAGGAAUUUGGAAAGCAUUCAGUUUUCCCAGUUUCUUUCAAACACCAAACAAUAGAAUGGAGAAACACUG